GCCGGCAGGCAGCUGCGAGUUGGGUGCUCCGGGCCACGCUCACAGCCUGCCGGACCGCACCAACCUCCACCCCCCCGACGAGACACACGUGUGGCUCUGUGCCCCCCUCGCCACCUCGCCAUGGUCGACGCCUUUGUGGGCACCUGGAAGAUGGUGGAUACGGCCAAUUUCGAUGAGUACAUGAAAGCGUUGGGCGUGGGCUUUGCCACGCGGCAGGUGGCCGCGUUCACCAAACCCACCACCAUCAUCGAGGUGGCAGGCGACAAGAUCACCCUGAAGACUCAAAGCACCUUCAAGAACACCGAGAUCAGCUUCAAGCUGGGAGAGGAGUUUGACGAGACCACAGCGGAUGACAGACAUGUCAAGUCCUUGGUCACGCUGGAUGGGGGCAAACUCAUCCACGUGCAGAAGUGGGAUGGGAAGGAGACAUCGCUGGUCCGGGAGCUGAAGGAUGGGAAGUUGAUUCUGACGCUCACCAUGGGCAACGUCGUCUCCACCCGCACCUACGAGAAGGAGACAUAGAUGGUGCUGUCCCCAGCUCCUCCGCCUCUCACCCGGUGCCACCUCCACCCUCCCCCGCAUCGCCUCCCCGCGCCGGGCAGGGUUGGCCAUGGCCUCAGGGCUGCCUCCUGCCCUCUUCUCAUCACCUCCUCCUGAGGCUGCCUGAGGCUUGGGUGGUGCUUUUGUGGUUUGGUUUCUUUUUCCAUUUUUUUUUUUAAUUAAUAAUGGAGAAAAAAAAAAAAACACUUGG